AUGUUCACAUACACACCACGAUUAAUGAAUCUCAACUUCACACACAAUAACAACUGGAAUCUUCAUGAACAGAAUCUUUUAAAGCCGCUCAGUGAACUCCAACAUCUGGACCUGACUGGAAACAGCCUUGAAACACUGCAUGUUCUCUCAGGAAAUCUGUCAAAACUGGAGCGACUGAUCUUAGCUAAAAACGAGCUAAAGAUCAUAGACGAGUCAAUUUUCAAGAGGCUUUCGUCACUGAAAUAUCUGGACUUAUCGGACAAUCCGUUUGUGUGUAACUGCUCCAACGCUGACUUCAUUUCCUGGGUGCUGUAUAACACACAGGUCUUUGUGGCCGAUACGUUUCAGUACAAAUGUGCGUAUCCACUGUCUCAGAAAGACCAGCUGUUGCUCAGCUUCGAUGUCCAGUCGUGUUGGGAGUCUGUGAGCUUCACCUGCUUCAUGUCCAGCUCUGCUCUGGUCCUGGUCACUCUGCUCUCAUCGUUCAUCUACCACUUUCUCAGAUGGCAGCUGGUCUAUGGCUACUACCUCUUCAGAGCGUUUCUGUACGACGGGAGGAAGAGGAGACAGGGCUGUGCUCACGUUUACGACGCUUUUGUUUCGUACAACGUUCACGACGAGGAGUGGGUUUACCACCGACUGGUGCCAGAGCUGGAGGAGCAGCAGGGAUGGAAGUUAUGUCUGCACCAUCGCGACUUCGAACCAGGGAAAGCCAUCGUGGAGAACAUCACAGACGCCAUCUACAGCAGCAGGAAGACUCUGUGUGUGAUCAGCCGCCGUUACCUGCAGAGCGAGUGGUGCUCACGGGAGAUCCAGAUGGCCAGCUUCCGUCUGUUUGAUGAGCAGAAGGACGUCUUGAUCAUGUUGUUUCUGGAGGAGAUCUCGUCUGUUGAGCUCAGUCCGUUCUACCGCAUGAGGAAGUUGGUGAAGAGCCGCUCGUACCUGAGCUGGACCCAGACCCGGACCCACAGGGGCCUGUUCUGGGAGAGGGUCCAACAGGCCCUGGAGUCUGGGAACGAUCCUACAGAGGCCCACAACCUGCUAACUGCUAAUGUUUAG